CCUGAGGGACGCGCACAUGCUGAGGAGAAUGCAUGAUCAACACCCACCUCAGCUACGAUGGUUUUGAAUUGCGGCACCAAGCGAACGGCCGGCUCACCCCUGUGCCCCGUUUUUGUGAAUAGACAAGGGUGUCGAGUAGUAACAGACGAAGGUUCGAGGCUGGCAACCCAGCGUUCUUCUCCAUGAAUCAACCGAGCGAGUUGAGCCCACGUACAAGUACGAUCGGGGCAACAGCAACGCAGGGCCAGCCGAGUGUCCAAGUGCUGCAACUCCGCGUCAAUGCAUACCAACAACGCUUGCGGUCCUGCUGCGAAACGACCUUGACUUGUUUCAAACCUUGGUGGCAUUGCCAACCAUUGUGGGAAGAUGGCAUGCUUCAAGCUCUGUCACCCGCCAACUGUUUUCAACGCUUCGAGAACCAUUCAUCUGUGAGGCUAUGCACAUGCACUCCCUCGCCCCGUCAUGAUGUUCAUGUGCAGGCGAUCAACAGUCUGAAAAGCCCCAUGGACAUUUUUUCAGGAAACCAGCUACACUACAUCGACAGACCGAGAACCCUAUAUAUCAUCUAAUGGCAAUAGGAUACGCAUGUAACGACGGAUUCGGUGCCGAGGCAACCACUCUAGGGCAGUCAGCAGCUGUCUGCAUUCCAGAAGCAAAGGAUCUUGUGUCAAUUUGAGGGAACGGUUUGGCGGCUUCGUCCCGCACCGCUGGCGUAUCUCGCUGCUGAUCUUCUUCGAGACACAGUAUCUGCCAACAUCCACGUUUAGACGAGCCGGUUCUCGGUCAGAUCCAGCCUCUCAAUCGGCGCUCCUCGGUUUUCUGUCACGCCGUUGUCACAGCGGGGGGGCGUGCGGUGUUGAAGUUGAGUUUGCAUCAGGACAGCCAUGCAUCCCUGACGGGCCAAACAUGUCCCAAGUUCUGACGUUUCGUACCGUGAACGGGACGGAUUGUUUCUUUAAAUCAGAUCGCAGGCCCACCAAGGGUUACCGUUCCAUGUCGCUCUCCCGCUCCGCCACUUAUCGGGAUACCGCGCCGCCGCCGCCGAAUCAACGACUUGUCAAUACGACUGCGAGGAGAAGAAAGGGGCACACAGCUGCGCAACCGAUUCGUACAUCGAUAGAAUGCCGAAGGGCUCAAGACAAUAUCACGGGAAGACGAAGAACGGGUGCCGGCAGUGCAAAAAGCGCCGUGUCAAGUGCGAUUGCGUUGGUCCCAUCUGCGCCAACUGUCGUCGCCGACAAGAAUACUGCAGUUAUCUCGGUCUACUCGCCGACACUCUCAACCGCGAGAAUGAAGGGGACAAGCCCAACGAUACCAUGAGCAUGGUCCGCCGCGCGGCCACAGUCGCUGCACAUGCGUCUUCUCGUGACUCGCUCAGCGCUUCGUUGCCUGCCGAGAAGCUCCGCGCGGACGAGGCCGAACUCAAACACCAUUUUUUGAACCAGGCCUGGUUUACCUUCUCAUUGAAAGGCGACCCCCGUAAGUGUGAUGUCUGGUCGAGAUGGGUGCCUCAGUUAGCCACGCGCAACGUCUUCAUCCACCAGAGCAUGCUUUCCAUUGCGGCCCUCCACCUCUGCUACCUUGAGCCGCCCGAUGCAAAGAGGUACUAUUCCAUGGCCUGCCAGCACGCCAUUCAGGCGAGCAACUACUUCAGGCUCGCCGUCCCGCAGGUGACGGAAGAGAACUGGCUCGCGACGUUUGUCUUCUCCAUGUGCAACGGCAUUUUCGGAUACUAUCGCCCUUUCGCCGACGAAAAGAUCAUGGGGCAACCUGUCGCUUUUGAGCCGGCCAAAGCCCUUGUCGUGAUGCGGGUAGCGGCCAGGUUCUCUGACACGGUCACGCCGCACGUCUUCAAGAGCCCGAUCCGCGAUCGACUCGCCCAGGUGGACGUGAAAGAGUGGAUCGACAGCAACGACACGUUACUGCGGCCGUCACUGAUGAAAAUCGCCAAGUUCAAGGAGUUUGUAUCCUUGGGGCCCGAAUCGACCGGCAUACGAGCAGAGGAUGCCAAAGUAUACCUAGGGGCUCUCGGCGCGCUCAAGUCGUGGAUAACGUCGCUUCCUGGCCGCCCAAGGAUAUGGAAGCAUUUCAUCCUGUGGCCCUCCUUGGUGUCGGAGGAAUACCUCUCCCUGCUGCGGCUGAAGGAGCCAGUGUCGCUCAUGCUUUUUGUCCUCUGGAUCGAGGUCAUGUUUCUGGCACCACGGAGAUGGUAUCUGAUGCACUGGUAUGACCGCGGCCACGGAAGUGCCCUGCAGGAGCUCGCCCAACAGACCCGUACGCCAGCCCAUCAUUUCUGGGAGACGUUGACGGACGACAGCCAAUCCGAUACCAACACGGAGGAGUCGGAGGCUAGCGACGGGGAUCCAUCGACUCCGUCAGACGUCCGGAGCGACGAUGGAUGUCGCCGAGGCGCCGUUUUGCUCUUGUCCACGGGGGAAGAGUUUGGAGGCGACAAAACUUGCAACGGAGUCAACUUCUUUGGGUCGCAAGGGAUGGCCCAGAAGGCGAGAUGAGGACGCGGCCGCCCGGAGCACAACCCAUGAUGUUGUGGGAGUCAAGAGCCAAGUCGCUCGGGGGUAUAAAAUUGCAGCCAGUAGCCACGCGGCAAGACGAGGCGAGGCGACGACAUUUCAGUGUCGGCGGCGAGCCUCGUCAGCGGCCACAACAGACAACAGACAAUGCGGCUGCUUGCUCGUCCGGUUGGCAACCACCCCCUCUCCCACUCGAAUAUAGCCAUGCCGUUCUCGCGCGGCGUCGAGGCAGGCGUCAGAGACAACUCUUGUCAACAAACUAGCCGACGACCGCCGGUGCUGGUGAAGUGAGCUUGAGCGAUUGGUUCCGGCCAGCCGGACCCCUCUCAUUGGGCAACCAAUUAUUCUAGGAGCAUGUAGCCAAGGGCGACGUUGGCACACUGUUUGGUGUAGCUGUCGCUUGGCUUCGCUUCUACGCCAAGGCAACGGAUGUCGUCUGCUUCCUGUAUCUAGCAGUGCCAUUUACCGUAACUCCAUACCAAAAAUCACAGGUAUCAACACUUACAUAAACGAAGCCGAGCAACUGGGGCUUGAAAGUCCCCAAAGAGCUAGCCACCUGAUUUUGAUUCAUCAGAGUUUCCAUCAU